AUGCUGUCCAGCUUGGGGUGUCUCCUUCUCUGUGGAAGUUUUGCACUAGCCCUGGGAAAUGCACAGAAAUUGCCAAAAGGUAAAAGGCCAAACCUGAAAGUCCACAUCAACACCACAAGUGACUCUAUCUUCUUGAAGUUCCUGCGUCCAAAUCCUAAUGUAAAACUGGAAGGUUUUCUUCUGGGAUAUGGCAGCAAUUUAUCACCAAAUCAGUACUUUCCUCUUCCCCCGGAAGGAAAAUACACAGAGGCGCUAGUCGAUGCAGAGCCUAAAUAUCUGAUUGUCGUGCGACCUGCCCCUCCACCAAGUCAAAAGAAGUCAUGCUCAGGCAAAUCACGCUCUCGCAAGCCUCUCCAGCUGGUGGUUGGCACUCUGACACCAAGCUCUGUCUUCCUGUCCUGGGGCUUCCUCAUUAACCCACACCAUGACUGGACAUUGCCGAGUCACUGUCCCAAUGACAGAGUUUAUACAAUUCGCUAUAGAGAAAAGGAUAAGGAAAAGAAAUGGAUUUUUCAACUCUGUCCAGCCACUGAAACAAUUGUAGAAAACCUAAAGCCCAACACGGUUUAUGAAUUCGGAGUGAAAGACAAUGUAGAAGGUGGAAUAUGGAGUAAGAUUUUCAAUCACAAGACUAUUAUUGGAAGUAUAAACAAAGUAAAUGGGAAAAUUCAAAGUACCUAUGACCAAUCAAACACAGUGCCAGCAUAUGUCCCAAGGAAACUGAUCCCAAUAACAAUCAUCAAGCAAGUGAUUCAGAAUGUUACCCACAGAGCUUCAAUUAAACCCCCAGAUAGGACUCCCAUUGGAGGAACGAUACUGGUUCACCUUGUUAUUCCCGGUCUUAAUGAAACCACCGUAAAACUCCCAACAUCUAUAAUGUUUGAGAUUUCAGAUGCAAUCAAGACACAAUUAGCUAAAAAUGAAACCUUGGCAUUACCAGCUGAAUCUAAAACACCAAAGGUAGAAAAAAUCCCAGCACAGCCCAUAACAGUUCUCAGCGAAAAGACCCCGGAAAGAUCGCAAACUAUUCUAAUACCUAGGUUUGAGUUACCACUGAGCACUCUAGCUCCGAAAAGACUUCCAGAAUUUCCUCAGGCAAAAACACCCUUCCCUUUUGAGAAACCUGGGGGCGCCUUGGCUUCGAGUGAAAAGCCAUGGAUUGCACCUAUAACUAAAACAUCUGAAGAUUCCAAAGUUUUACCACCUCAAACUGCAGCUUAUGAGGUUUUCUCAAGCCCUACGACGCCAGAUGAGCCUGAAAUAUCAGAGCCCCACACAGCAACAAGGGAUCCAUUUCUGGAUUCUGUCCCACCUAAAACUUCUAGAACUCUUGAACAGCCAAGGGCAACACUGGCUCCAAGUGAAACGGCAUUUAUUCCUCAAAAACUAGAAAUCAUUACCAGCCCUGAAAUGCAACCUACAACACCUGCUCCCCUGCAAACUACAUCUACAAGACACCGCAGGCCCAAACCACCAAGAACCAAGCCUGGAAGAACCAAAAGUCCUGGAACAACUACUUCUAAACUUUCUAAGAGCCCUGAACCUACAUGGACCACACUGGCUCCCAGUAAAACACAAUUUAUUUCUUUAAAACCUAAAAUCCCUCUGAGUCCAGAAGUGACACACAUCAAACCUGCCCCUGAACCUCUGACUCCAACACCAUCACAGUCAACAAUAGCUUUAGAACCUGGAACACUGGAAACCAAACCUUCAACAACAACAUUAGCUCCCAAGCAGACAGCGCGCACUCCUCCCAAAGCAAGACCAUCUUCACAUCCAAGAGUCCCUCAGACACAGCCAGCUCCUAAGGUGUUCCAGCAUGUUACUUCAAAGCCAAAAAUGUCACCAAGGCCAGAAGUGCCAUAUACUCCACCUGCUCCAGGAGGUGUGCUCCUUCCCCAUAAACCAGACCACGGAGCCUCUCAGAGCGAAUCUGUUCUGCAGCCUGUUACCUUUAGAAUUGAUCCGCCAGAGACAACAAUAGCUCCUUUAGACACCCGAAGCAGCCCUUUCGUCCCUUUGAUUUCACCAAGUUCUAGUCAAGAGGAACUACAAACCAUUCUGGCAGAAACAGACCAAGCCACCCAAGAGCUCUUCACAACUAAGAUUCCACCAACAACUGAAUUGGCAAAGACAACUCGGGCACCACACAGACUGUACACUAUUCCUGUGAGGCCCAAAAUACCAGAAAAACCAGACAUCAGACCUGUUUUGAAUAAAACAACUACAAGACCCAUUAGACCCAAACCCAGUGGGAUGCCCAAAGGGAAUGAAAUAGGAACAGGGGUCAAGCAACCACCAAACCCAUCGGGUGCUGGUAGAAAUGUGUCCAUGGACUCUACCCACUUCACAAAAAAACCAGCCACAAUUCCAGGCACUCGCCAUCCACCCUUGCCACCUAGACCUGUACCCCCACGAAGAAAACCAUUGCCACCAAAUAAUGUCACUGGCAAGCCAGGAAGUGCAGGGAUCAUUUCAUCAGGCCUAGGAACAUCCCCACCCCUGCGGGCAACACUCAGGCCCAUUGGACCCACCUCAGAGAGAACAGAGUCGGACAAAAAGGAUCCAACAGCUUCCGCCUCAGGAGAAGAUCUUGGUGAUACAACUGACUUUAGCUCAAGUCCAACAAGAGAAACUGAUCCUCUUGGGAAACCCAGAUUUGUAGGGCCUCACGUGAAAUACAUUACAAAACCUGACGACAGGCCCUGCUCCAUCACCGACUCCAUCAAACGGUUCCCCAAAGAGGAGCCCACAGAGGGGAAUGCCACCAGCCCGCCGCAGAACCCACCCUCCAACCUCACUGUGGUCACCGUGGAAGGAUGCCCCUCAUUUGUCAUCUUGGACUGGGAAAAGCCACUCAAUGACACUGUCACUGAAUAUGAAGUUAUAUCCAGAGAAAAUGGGUCAUUCAGUGGGAAGAACAAGUCCAUUCAAAUUACAAAUCAAACCUUCUCCACAGUAGAAAAUCUAAAGCCAAACACAAGCUAUGAAUUCCAGGUGAAACCAAAAAACCCACUGGGGGAAGGCCCGCUCAGCAACACGGUGGCAUUCAGUACUGAAUCAGCGGAUCCGAGAGUGAGUGAGCCAGUUUCUGGAGGAAGAGAUGCCAUCUGGACAGAAAGACCCUUUGAUUCAGACUCUUACUCAGAAUGUAAAGGCAAACAAUAUGUCAAAAGGACUUGGUAUAAAAAGUUUGUAGGGGUGCAGCUAUGCAACUCUCUCAGAUACAAGAUUUAUCUGAGCGACUCCCUCGCAGGAAAGUUUUAUAACAUAGGCGAUCAGAGAGGCCAUGGAGAAGAUCACUGCCAAUUUGUGGACUCGUUUUUAGAUGGACACACAGGGCAGCAAUUGACUUCUGAGCAGUUACCCACAAAACAAGGCUAUUUCAGAGCAGUUCGCCAGGAACCUGUCCAAUUUGGAGAAAUUGGUGGUCACACCCAAAUCAAUUACGUUCAGUGGUAUGAAUGUGGAACCACAAUUCCUGGAAAAUGGUAG